CCUGAUCCCGCCUCCAGCAGCAACGAGUUGAGUUGUGGCUGGAUCAACAAGAAACUGUACACUGCGGACCGUUUUACUCAUCAAUCCCUGUCUGGACCAGCCUUAUCCCCCCACAAUGGCCUCCUCCUCAUCAGUUGGAGAUAAACAGCUCCAGAGGAUAAUCAGAGAUCUGCACGAUGCUGUUAUAGAGUUGAGUAAAGAACACAGAGAGUGUGCUGAACCCAUAACAGAUGACAGUGCCAGUCUGCGCAAGUUCUUCUAUAAGCUUGAAUACCUUUUGCAGUUUGACCAGAAAGAGAAGACAACCUUUCUUGGGCAAAGAAAAGACUACUGGGACUACUUCUGCGACUGCCUGAUUAAGAUCAAGGGAGCUAACGAUGGCAUCCGUUUUGUUAAAUCCAUCCCUGAGUUAAAGACGUCGCUGGGGAAAGGACGGGCCUUCAUCCGCUACUCUCUCGUUCACCAGCGUCUGGCAGACACUCUGCAGCAGUGUUUCAUCAAUCAGAAAGUCACAAGUGACUGGUAUUAUGCCCGGAGUCCCUUCCUCAAGUCCUACAUCACCGCAGAAAUAAUCAACGACCUUUAUGAGCUGAACCAGAUCCAGUUCGACGUGGCGCCCAGAGGUUACGACCUCGAUGCAGACUGGCCCUCAUUUGCGAGGAGAACCUUAGGAGCUGCUUCACAUAGUCUCUUGUGGAAGCCUCCAAGCCGCUGUUCCAGCAUCAACAGCCUGGUCGGCAGCAACUCACACUCGCAGGUGCACGAGUGCCUUCAAGUCCCAGACCUGAGUCCCAGUCUGCUUGGAGAACUCGGAGAUUUUGGAGAACACCCAUCCUGCUGCAUUGCGGAGAACCUGCGCGUCGAACUCGAUCAGUCCGAGCUCAGGCAGCAGCAGCUCCUGGUACAUGUCCAGGAGUUGAGCGAAGAGGCCGCUGAGCUGAAAGGUGUCGUCAGAGAUCUUCAAGGUCAGAUAUCGGCUCAAACAUCAAGCAUUUCGGCACCUGUCCUUGCCCGGCGUACCUCAGAAACUGGUGAUGAGGACAGAGUGAAUCUGUACCAGAGUCAGAAGGGUUUACAAGAGAGACUCAAAGCUGCUGAAAGCAAAAAUAUGGAGCUUUUGGCUAAGUUGGACGAGGCUCUUAACGAAAAGGGUCAACAAACAGCCAGCUACUGUGACUCGGCCUGGAAAAUCCAGGAACUGUUAGAGAAACUUAAGACUGCAGAGGAGGAGAGGGUAGAGGCAAAGAGAGAGGCAGAGGACAGAGCCAGACUCUCUGAACAUUUGUCCCAGGAUCUAAAACUCAGGGAAGAAGAGUUGAAGAACAGUGAGGCGAAGCUGGAUGAAGUCAAAGUCAGAGCACACGCUGAACGGGAGGAGGCUCUUGCACGGCUAGAGGAACUCCAGAGCGCGGUGGGUCGAAUUCAGGGGGCGCUCACGUUGAAAGAGAAGGAGACUGGAAACCUGAGAGCCCAGCUGCAGGACGUGCAGGCCUCUCUGGAGUGCAGGGAACGCCAAGCGGAGGAGCUGAGGAGAAGGUUGCAGGAGGAGGUCGAGCAAAGAUGUGGUCUGAGCUGCGAGGAACUGGAGGGCCAGAUGUUGGAACUAAGAAAAACUCUAAGAAGCAGGGAGAAAGACCUAACGGCUCGGUCGGAAAAGAUCAAGCAUUUGGAGGAACAGCUGGAGAAGCUAAACGCUGAGCGAGCGUCUUUGAGCUUCCAAAGCGAUGAUGGGAAUUCUGUCUAUUGUGAGACUGGAAACCACGAGGACUACAAAAACCAGUGCAAUCAUCUCAUGGAAAUGAACAAAGAGCUUCUCCAAGCCGCAAAGAGGAAUGAGGCAAGUGUUACAGAGCUGAAGGAAACCAGGGUUGCCCUGCUGGACCAGCUGGCUGCUUUAAGAGCCUCAGAGAAGCAGUUAAAGAGGAGAGUAGAAGCUGCUACGGUGAGCGUGGAAGACAGGGAGAAGAAGCUUUUAGAUGAAAACCUGCAACUUGAAGAGACUCUCCAAAAGAUGUUGCUCCAGAACGAGGAGCUAGAUGCUCAGGUGAAAAAGUCACAGCAGGAAAAUGUCGAGCUUUUAGAUACCCAGUCCUCAAUGAAGAGGCGAUUAGCCACCGCCCAACAGGAGCUGGAGCUUCUCAAUACGAGAGCGGACAUGUUGGCAAACAACCUGACGGGGUCCCAAAGGGGCCAAGCGGAGUUGCUUGAAAAGCUCCAUGAAGCCGAGGCCAGCCUGAGAGCCCAGGCUGUAAACUGUGCUCUCCUCCAGGCCCGGGUAGACGAGCUGGAGAGCGGCGCCGUGCAUCGCGAAAAAGGAGCUGCAGAAUGCAAUGAGAAAACGCAGAAGCUUCAAGACGAACGUCAAACCUCCUCGCCGGACGCCAAAGAGGCUCCGAUCAGGCUCGUCAUCGCCGAAGCCCAGCUGGAGCUCAACCAAAGGGAGGUGACCAGGCUCCGGGAAGAGGUAGUGGAGCUCAGGGCUCAGCUGCUGGCCGGAAACGAGGAGAAGACGAGGGCUCAGGCCCUGCAGGAGGUGACGGCGGCCUCGCGAGAGGACCUCCGCGUGUUAUCAGAUCAGCUGAAGGCCCAAGUGGAGGAGCUGAACCGCAGACACGUGGACGAGAUUCUGAGAUCCCGAGAGCGCGAGGAGGCUCUCCUGCGGGAGCGGGACGGCGAGGCGCAGGCUCGCGUGGGCCUGGCGGCGGAGGUGACGGCCACCAGGGAGGAGCUGGACAGACUGAAGCUGCGCUGUGAAGCUUUGCGCGUGGAGAACAGCGACUCGCAGGAGGCUCUGCACAGGGCCAACACAGAGACGGCAGAGCUCGGCGUGCACGUCUGCAUGCUGACCGCUCAAAACGAGGAGGCUCGCCUGCGCUGGGAGGGCCUGUCUUCAAGGCUGCAGGAGCAGCAGGAGGCAGCGGCCCAGGAGGCGGAGAGGCUCAACACCUGCGCGGAGCAGCUGCGUCAGGAGAACCAGCAGCUCCGCUCCCAACUCCGUGAAGAUGAGGAUCUGUUGCUGCUCGGGCAGAAACAGCAGCGGGAGCUCAGCGAGGCCCAGCAGGAAGCAGAGAGCGGACGGAAGACGAGCCAAGAAGAGAUUCAGGCGCUCCGGGCCCGACUCACGGGCCAUGAGGACCAGCUCCAGAGGGUGAAUCAGGAGUUGGAGGAUGUGAAGUUACAGCUGGUUGCUGAGCAGGAGAAAGGAGUCGGUCUGGAGAACAAACUCAAGCAGCUUGAGGCGGAGAGUCAGACACAUUGCCAACAGAUUGGGGAGAAAAACAUCCAGAUGGCCGAGUUGGAAAAUCUCAUCCAGCGGGAAGAAGCUGAGAUAAUCCAUCUGAAAGAGAAUUUAUCAAGGUCUGAGGAGGCCCUGGCUGCUGCCCAGCGAGCCUGUCAGGAGAUGGCUGAAAAUCUACGGCGGGUCAAGCAGGACAAACAGAGCUUUGAUUUAAAGACAGCCGCCGAACUCGAUGAUCUUUAUCGCACCAAAAUCAAUUUGGAGGAAAGACUCGUGGAGCUCAUCAGGGAAAAAGACGCUCUUUGGCAGAAGUCGGACGCCCUGGAGUUUGAGCAGAAGCUCCGUGAUGAGGAGACGGAGAGGGACGUCAACUACUGUUUGGGUUGUCACACUCAGUUCAGCUGGUGGCUGCGCAAAUACAACUGCAGACUGUGUGGGCGUCCCUUCUGCUACUACUGCUGCAGCAACGCGGUGAGCACCCAGCACGGCGGCAACAGAGAGCGCUGCUGCACCGACUGUUACAACCAGCACAGCGCGGUGGUCGAGCGCCACCCACAGGUGGAGGCCUCUCACAGCGCACCGGGCUCUCCGUUCAGCCGCUUGCUGCAGACCGGCAGGUCUCUGGCCGGCGUUGCAGGAGGAGAGGAAGGUGAAAAGCCAGAUGACGGUGUUUUUGACAUUAUCACUGAUGAGGAAGUCAGCGGUGUCAAUGACUGUGACUCUUUUACCACUGCCUGCUCUCCUGGACACGACCAGCAGGGGGCAGCACAACUGACCAACCAUGCCAGUGCCGGAGACGUUGCGUCAGAGGAUGCCGAGGACAUCAGCGCUGCCGUACAGGAUGCUGAGAUCUGCCUGCUGAAGUCUGGGGAACUAACGCUCUCCGUCUGCUUGACGGUGGACGACAUCUCGGGAUUCGGGGAGAGCUCUCGGGAGCUCUUCAUCAAGUCGAGCUGUUACAGCGUCAUCCCCAUUACUAUGACGUCUCCGGGACCCACCGUGUGCUGGACCUUCACCUCCGAACCAAAGAGCAUCGCCUUCAGCGUGGUCUACAGGGAGAGCGCUGAGACUCCACUGGAGCAGGCCAAGGUUUUAAUUCCUCUGACUCGCUGUAAUUCUCACAAAGAGACGAUGCAGGGGGAGCUAAAAGUCAGAAACCAAGGAGAAUACACACUAAUCUUUGACAACUCUUUCUCCAGGUUCAUUUCAAAGAAAGUGCUGUAUCAUCUGAGUCUUGACAAGCCCGUGGCCUGCGAUGGAGCUGGCCUUCUCUGAACCGGACAAAGCAGAACAGGUGGAGAUCUGACUUUCCGUGUCAAGAUGUUUCCGUUCGCGCGGAUCGUCUCCCAGGUAAAAUGGUCUGACUCGUCUGCAGCAGAGCAGCCUCGGCGAAAAGGUUGUGGCAUUUAAAAAGUGUCUCUCUCGGUUUUGCACACGAGGUGUUGUACGUCAGGCGAGGUCUUAUCAAAGAAGAACAAAAGCUGCAAACAACUCGCGAAAACAGUGCUGCUCUGCAGAACGCCAGUGUGCACGGUGUGUUGCUGAGGCUGGUUUAAAUGUAGCAUGGAGGAUUUCUGUAGGGGGCUUUGCAGAAGUAAAACUGCCGUUUAGUUUAUCCCGAGACCAUGUUGUUGUUUUUUUUAUUCAAUUCGUAUCAUAGAAGAAGUUAAAUGAAAAGCGAAAUAAGAUCUCUACACAUCGACAGCUGGGUUUUAUAGCGUUGCAUUCCUCUGCCACAGUACUUGUAGUUUUGUUACAGUUAUCUUGUUUUUUGUGAAAGAAAACAGGACUAAAUCAAUCUGUUACUAUCAAAUUUAACUUGGGUUUAUGCGCAUUCUUUAAAAGGUCUUAAAUUAAACCCAGAUUCUCUGUACAAGAUCUUACAUUUCGUUUAUUCAGGACAUUUAUAGAUUUGUUCAUUCGUUGCUUUUUUAUGAAAUGUUUUUGUUUUUAAACUUUUUAUUUUUAUUUUGGAAAUUAUUUUUUGGUUCUGUGUCUUGAACAGUAACUGGCUGAGCAAUUGAGGUACUAUUACACAUUGAUCAAACUAUACUCUAGCCUUUACUCCGCCAAAAGUGGCUUACUGGAUUCCUUUUGGGGAAAGCAAAAACAAAAUGUUGUUGGUAAUCAUCUUCUAGCUACUCUCUUAUUAUGAAGCGAUGCAUGUUUAUCAAGGUUUGGCUUGAAAACAGGAACUUCGUUAGGUCACUAAAUUGUUUCAAGAUAAAUAUUCUGACCGUUGCCGUGUAAUUUGCUCAAAGGCACUGAACCUAAGUAACAAGGACUGGAGUCACAAGCCAGAGCUAAAAGAUUACCAGUUCAAGUGGAUAAAGUUAUGUUUACUUGACUUAAGUUUUUAAGAAGUUUGAUUUAAAAAAAAAAAAAAAAAAAAAAAAACUAUUGGUAAGUUAACCAGGGUGUUAACCAGGGUGUUUGGUAAUUCACAUAUGUCUAACAUUUAAAUAAGUGUGCAAUGUCUUAAAAUGUUGUUCAAACCCUGUUUAAAACACAUCCAAUGAAUAUCAUUACUGUAGAAAUAUGUAGCAGAAUGUUUAGCAUCGUUUUAUGAGAUGGGAAGAAGUGACGGUUCGCAUGACUGAAAAAGGAAGGUCAAGUUUGUUACUCAAUUGAAGUAAAUAGUGUCAGAUAAGCAAAAGUCUGUUGCUUCGACUGUGUUAUUUGAAAAGAUGUAAAACCUCAUUAACAUUUCCUCUAUUAGUCUCUUUAAAUGGCUGUUGGAAUCGAGCUUUAGGUCUUUAAUGAUUCUGAAACAUCCAAUCUAACAAAAUCCCAUUUUAAUCUGCACAUGUGCUUAAUUAUUGCCCUAUAGCCUUCUUAAUUUGGAAAAGAUAGACUUGUGAAAAUGCAUUUGUGAUGAAACAUAAGUUUAUUUCUAUAGCCCCAUUCAAGAGCAUUUUAAGUACUUUGCAGGCAAGUUCAAUAAGCUAGAAAUGUUGGCCUUACAUAAUAGCAGCAAAACAAAAAAAUACAAACAACUGAACGGCCACAAACUAAUGAAAUAACUGAUGAAGAUAAGCUUUUGGCUUUAUUUUUGCAGCAAUAGUUAAUGUUUUCAGACUGGAUUUGAAGGAAGUAAAAUGUUUGCACAUCUAAUAUUUUCAGGAAGUUGAUUUUCAGGUACAGGAAAACAGAAACUAAAUUCAAAAGACCAAACAUUUUGGUUUUAUAUCCAUAGUUCUCUUUAAAGGACAUUUGCUGAGAGCCCUGGUUCCGUUGCUAGCUAACACUACAAAUAUGCAUUCACAAGGCGGGAGUGUAGUUAUGUGAAAGUUUCAUUGUUUGAAAUAUAUUUUGUGUUUUUCUUGGAACUUCGCUUGAAACAUCCCUUCCAGCUGUUUGACUAAAAAUGCAUAAAUGGUUUUAUUUCUCAAGAGACACUUAAAGAAGGAUGAUCUAAAAAAUCAAAUUCUGCAUUUUUAUCUUAACGCAAAGGUUUUAUAGAUAGAAAUGUUUGUUUUUAAAUGAUUUUACUUUGAAAUUAGUUGCUAUUAUGAAGUGUGAGUGUAUUGUAGCCUACCGUGUGAAAUGAAAGUAGUCUUUCUCCGAAAUACUGACAGUGGGGAUCUAUGUUGUCUUUCUACUCUAAUAUCCCAGGGUAGACCUGUGAGGUAGAUAUUUAUUGUUUAGGUUACUGACGCACUGUUGAAGAACAGAACAUUUACAAAGUUCCUCCAAUUGAUUGAAACCCAUUUAAUAUUGUGAAAAAGUAAACGUUUAAGAAAACAUGCAAACAUCGUGUUUUAACUGACAGAUAUGUGUUGCCAAAUAUCCCGAAGACAUUUUAUAUUUUACUCAUGUUAAAUGGGAAUUUCUAUUUAAAGAGGUUACAGAAGGACUGCUGUAUAAUGCACUUUUAAAAGGGCUGAACGCCAGUGCCAGUAGAUUAAUAUGUUUUUAUCUUCAGUUUGACUUGUGAAUGUAGUUUUGUUGAUGUCUUCUACUGCGUUUUCUGACAUAAGAGCUUUAAAUUUCUGAUUCUACUUGCAAAUGUUUGUGUUUUCUUAAUACAUCAUUUACAAAAACCACAUUUGUAUCAGAAAUGUUUAAGGUUUUUGUUUAAUAAAUAGGAUUUGUGGGAAAAAA